GUCAAGACUUUUACUAGUUCCAUGUUUGAACACUGGAGCCCUGAGAAAUCUUUAUCAAAAGACUCAUCAGCUUCCAGCUGGAAUUAUCAAGAUACCAACGCUUGGGCGAACUUGCCAAAUUCAGCGUGCGGUGCUAAACAGCAAUCUCCAAUUGACAUCCGACCAAGAUUGAGUGAAAAGAAGGCGUUCUCAAAACUAUCGUUUGAAAACUACGGCAACAUUGACAAGAUGGGAUUAGUUAAUAGUGGAUCUUCCGUGGUGUACACCUUGCCAAGUACUUUUCCUAAGAACAGAGUGCCAUCCAUCAGUGGCGGUGGGUUGAACGACGUAUACAACUUCAUUCAGUUCCACUUACACUGGGGGGCCAACUCAGCUAAAGGCAGUGAACAUUUAAUGAAUUCUAAAAGCUAUCCAGCUGAGCUGCAUUUGGUCCAUUACAACACCAAAUAUGGAUCCUUUGCUGAAGCAACGAAGCAUUCUGACGGACUGGCGGUCUUGGGGAUAUUCAUAUCGGUAGGGCCCAACGAUAAUGAGUUUUUUCAGCCGCUUGUUGGACAGCUAGACGAGGUUAUCACGGCUCAAUCAGAAACCAUUUUAACGAACUUGGUUCCGUUCAAAAAUCUGCUGCCCAAACAAACCACGUCAUUUUAUCGCUACAGUGGCUCGCUGACUACUCCCAUCUGCAACGAGAUCGUAAUUUGGACGGUUUUUGACAACCCGAUUCAGAUUUCUGAGAAACAGUUGGCUAAAUUCAGGAAACUUGAAGAUAAUACAGCCAAGAGCCUAGUGGAUAAUUUCCGGCCUGCACAGCAGUUGAACGGCCGGAUUAAAUUUUAUCGGUCUUUCACCGGAUGCGAAAUCCCUCGAUCGUGGCCCAUCACUUCGACACCAUUCCUGGAUGCGUUCACAUGGACCACUUGCCUAAUCAAUUUUACCUUCUCGCCGUGGCAGUAAACAAAACGAACAUUUUUAUCGAUAUUAGAGCACACCGUCUUAUAGAUGAGGCGUAUAGAUUGCCAUUAUUUAAAAAAGAAAUUAUAAACUUAUAACUUAUAUAUGUAUGGAAUCUUCUAGCUCAUUCAAUAAAUAGA